UCCGUCUGCAGCAGCGACAAGGUGGGUGCGGGGCCGCUCCGUCAACGCGCUGCCACCCUCGGGUGCUCCUUGCCCCCACCCUGUCGCCCACCCGCCAAUCUCCCCCCACCCCGGGGGAAGGUGUGUCACGCAUCGUGUCCCUGCCACAGACCCCGGAGCGACAGUGGUGAACCGCACGGGAGCAGCUCCGACUGUCGCUAGAGUAUCUGCCUGGACCGACAGUGAAGAAUCUCCUUGACUAUCCAAUGGGUGAAAAAUGAAAUGUUGCUGUUCUCCGACUCCCCUCUGAGUCCAAGAUGUUUGCCAAGCUGCAAGCGGUCGCUCUGAUUCUCAUCUCCAAAGGGUUUCUGUUCCUUUGCCGCGGCGAGGGCAACUUUGGCAAGAAGGAGAUCAAGAUGGAGGGGGACCUUGUCCUGGGCGGUCUCUUCCCCGUGCACGAGAAAGGCUCGGGGAACGAUGAGUGCGGCCUGGUGAACGAAGACCGAGGAGUCCAACGCCUGGAGGCCAUGCUCUUCGCCAUCGACGCCAUCAACCGCAAUACCUACCUGUUGCCAGGUGUCAAGCUGGGAGUCCACAUCCUCGAUACCUGCUCCAGAGACACCUACGCCCUGGAACAGUCGCUGGAGUUCGUCCGAGCUUCCCUGACCAAAGUCGACGAAACCGAGUACAUCUGUCCCGAUGGGUCGUACGCAAUUCAGGACAACAAUCCCCUCGCCAUCGCAGGUGUGAUUGGAGGCUCAUAUAGUAGUGUCUCCAUACAGGUUGCCAAUCUGCUGAGACUGUUCCAGAUCCCCCAGAUCAGCUACGCUUCCACCAGCGCCAAGCUGAGUGACAAAAGCCGCUACGAUUACUUCGCCAGGACGGUACCUCCUGACUUCUACCAGGCCAAAGCCAUGGUGGAAAUCUUGCAGUUCUUCAACUGGACAUACGUGUCGACGGUGGCGUCCGAGGGGGACUACGGGGAAACGGGGAUCGAGGCGUUCGAGCACGAGGCCAGGCUGCGCAACAUUUGUAUCGCCACGUCCGAGAAGGUGGGCCGCUCCACCACCAAGAAGACGUACGAGGACGUGAUCCAGGAGCUGCUGCACAAGGCCAACGCCAACAUCGUGGUCCUCUUCACGCGGGGAGACGAUGCCAGGGAGUUACUGGCCGCCGCCAACCGCCUCAACGUGUCGGGGUUCACCUGGAUCGCUAGCGACGGCUGGGGGGCGCAGGAGAUCGUGGUCAAGGGUCAAGAGCGCGUGGCCAACGGAGCCAUCACCCUGGAACUGGCAUCCUACCCCAUCAAGGAGUUCGACAGCUACUUCCACCGCCUCCACCCCCACACCAACAAACGCAACCCCUGGUUCAAGGCCUUCUGGCAGCAGAGGUUCCACUGCCAGCUACAGGCCAGCCGCCCACGGCACAAACUCUGCGACCGCCGGCUCUCCAUCAACAGCUCCAACUACGAGCAGGAGGCCAAGGUGAUGUUUGUGGUGAACGCCGUCUACUCCAUGGCCCACGCCAUUCACCACAUGCAGCGCGUCCUGUGUCCAAAUACCACGCGGCUCUGCCAAGCCAUCCGGCCUCUCGACGGCAAGAUACUGUACAGAGAAUAUCUGCUGAAACUCAACUUUAUUGCCCCGUUCCAGCCGGUGGACAGCGAGGUGAAGUUCGAUAAGAACGGGGACGGCAUUGGCCGCUACAACGUGUUCAACUACCAGAAGACGUUGUCGGGCAGGUACGCGUACGUCAGGGUGGGCCAGUGGGCCAAGGUGCUGUCUCUGGACACAGAGUUGAUGCACUGGCCCAGGCACCGCAUCCCCACCUCGCAGUGUAGCGAUCCAUGCGCCCGCAACGAGAUCAAGAACAUGCAGCCCGGGGACGUGUGUUGCUGGAUCUGUGUCCCCUGCGACCCACACGCCUACCUGCUAGACGAGUUCACCUGCAAGGACUGCGGCCCGGGGCGCUGGCCAGACGAGGAGCUGAGCGGCUGCUACGACCUGCCGGAGGAUUACAUCAGAUGGGGGGAUGGCUGGGCGAUCGGUCCCAUCACCAUCUCCUGCGUUGGGAUCAUCACCACCCUGGUGGUGGCCUCCAUCUUCCUCAAGCACAACGACACACCUCUGAUCAAAGCCUCGGGCCGCGAGCUCUGCUACAUCUUGCUCUUCGGAGUCUUCUUCUCGUACUGCAUGACCUUCUUCUUCAUCGCCAAACCCUCACCCGCCAUCUGCACGCUCCGCCGCCUGGGUCUGGGCUCCUCCUUUGCCAUCUGUUACUCCGCCCUACUCACCAAGACCAACCGCAUCGCCCGCAUCUUCAACGGGGUGAAGGAAGGCACGCAGAGACCAAGGUUCAUCAGCCCGGGCUCGCAGGUCUUCAUCUGCCUCAGCCUGAUCCUGGUCCACAUGGUGAUGGUGUUGGUGUGGCUGGUUCUGGAAAGCCCAGGAACGAGGAGAUACACCAUCCCCGAGAGGCGGGAGAGCGUCAUCCUCAAGUGUAACGUCAAGGACUCCAGCAUGUUGAUGUCACUCAGCUAUGACGUCUUGCUGGUCAUACUAUGUACAGUCUAUGCCUUCAAGACCAGGAAGUGUCCAGAAAACUUCAACGAAGCCAAGUUCAUUGGGUUCACCAUGUACACUACAUGCAUCAUCUGGCUGGCCUUCCUGCCCAUCUUCUAUGUCACCUCCAGCGACUACAGGGUGCAGACCACCACCAUGUGUAUCUCCGUCAGCUUGAGCGGCUUCGUGGUGCUGGGAUGCCUCUUUGCCCCCAAGGUCCACAUCAUCGUGUUCCAACCACAGAAGAACGUGACCACUCACAGACUGACCAUGAACAGGUUGAGCGUCAGUGGAACGGUCACCAGCCAGUCCCGCUCAUCCGCCAGCGGCCAGCGCGCCCCCACUGUGUGUAACGGCCGAGAAAUCCUCGACUCCACCACCUCAUCUUUAUGAAGACCUGUCACAUCCAGCAUCGCAUUUUGGGCCUGUCCCACUUAGGUGAAUGUUCAGGGGACUGCCGGCAACUGUCACGGUCGUAGCAGGUAGCCGAAAAACCGGCGACUGGGCCCCCCCCCCCCCUACGACAAUGUCUAUGACAACCUAACAUCUAGUCGACGGCAAGCUACCGACAACUACCACGUCCACCUGCGACCACACCUACCACAACCUACGUCCACCCACGACAAGCUACGA